AUGUCUUAUGGGUUUAGUUAUGACUCCAGGAUUGAUGAUUAUAAAAUGAUUAGAGUUGUGAAUUUUGCUAAUGAGGAUGAUAGUUGUGAAGUUAGGGUUUAUACGUUGGGGAAUGAUUCAUGGAAAAGCCUGGGGUUUAUUCCUUAUCAUCUGUCUUAUGGAAGAGCACCUGGAAGUGCCCAACCUGAGUCUUUGAGUGAGAAGUUUCAUGUCAGUGUCUGUGGUUUCGAAAGCUUGCUUUGCUUACUGGCUAAUAAUUUCCAGGUUCAUAUGGAUAUUUGGGUGAUGAAGGAAUAUGGAAUUAGAGAUUCUUGGACUAAGCUAUUCAGGAUUUCGCAACCGACUGAUAUUAGAUUAUUUCAUUAUGUGAAGCCAUUUCAAAUAAGAUCUCGGGCUCUAUCUGGUUUAGUAUCACGUCACCUUUCAAUGGCUGCCUUAACCAGUCAGUGUCAUAAGAAGCAGGAUGGGAUACUCCCUGAAAAUGCCCCGUUCGUUGCUUUCUUUUUCUUCGUUGUUGGGGACACAGCAUGUGAGAGGUCAAGUCAUAUUGUCAGAACUUGA